AUGGAUCCAAACGACCUCUUAGAUGGUGAUUGGGACGUUCAUGGUGGAGGAUUUGGCUCUCGGCAUGGUACCACGAAAAAGUUAGGCUUUUCAACGGUGAAGGACUUUACCACCACCACAAGUGAGGCUACUUCUGGCAGCAGUAGCGGUAAUAUUGGAACCCCUUCAGGUGUCGGUAAUACUACCAACAUCAAAUCAUCUCUACGGGCAACAACAACAUCUUCCUAUGAUACCAAUAACAUUUCAUCCUCACAUAUAGCAGCUGCAUAUAACCUCUCCGGAAUGAUGGAUAGUGAUGAUGAUGAUGAUGACGAUGAUGAUGGUAUCCGUAGUAGUGCUGCCACUAACAAACACGAUAACAUGGCUGGCAGUGGUGGUGCCUCUAACACCUCUGCAGGUGAAAUACUCUCCACUGAUCUGUUACAACAACAACAAAAUUUACUUUUAAACGAUCAAUCUCGAUUUCUUGUAGAACAAAUUGAAUUUGAAUUUUCCAAAACAUUUAUUCAAGUGUGUGCUUCUAAAGGAAAUCUUUUACUUGUCACUGAUCAAAACACUUGUAUUUAUGUCGAUGAUGAUUUUGAGAGAUACAGAGAAUUUAAAAUCAAUGUUGGUGAUGAUGAUGAAGAUCAUGAAAGGAUUCACAAAUGUUUUAUAGACCCAUCAGGUUAUCAUGUAUUGGUAUCUAUGACUAAUGGAGACAAUUACUAUUUCAAUACUCAAAAUAAUAAGAAUCCAAAAAUUCCAGUUUCAAAAUUGAAAAAUAUGAUUAUUGAAAGUGUUGGAUGGGAUUCUGAAACGUGUAACAGAGAUCAAACAGGUCCUAUCUUAAUUGGUACUUCUGAUAGCAAAAUAUAUGAAUGUUCUUUAGAGAAUGAUUUGAAAGAACCUGUAAAGAGUCCUUUAAAAUUAUUAUUUGAUUUCAAUGAUUGUGAUAUGCUUGUGAGUACAGGUCCUAUCACUGGAAUUGAAAUUGUAUACUUUCCCAAGUUGAAGAAUUCUUUCAAUUGCUAUCUAAUAUUGAUUGCUACUCGAUUGAGAUUAUUUGAAUUUGUGGGUGGUCCAACACUUCAAGAUGUAUUUACACCAUACAAACAAUCCUAUGAUUUAUUGAGAUAUAAGGAAUUACCUGCAAAGAGAAGUGACAUGUUACCUAAAUGUGGUGAAUUACAUUUAUUUAAACCAUCAUCCACCACCAUUAGAGGUGAGAGUAGUACCAAUACGAGUCCUAUGAAUGGAUCAUCCUCUUUGAUCGAUCAACAACAAUUAUCCUUCGCAUGGCUCAGUAAUGCUGGUAUCUUUCAUGGUGUUUUGAAUUUCUCAAAUCCCAACAGUAGACAACCUCAGAGUGGAGUGAGUGUCAUUUCAGAGAGUGAAGUGAUUCAAUAUGAUCAUAAGAGUGCCUCUCAAGUCAUGUCUAUGGCUAUUAGUGAAUUUCACAUGUUUGUCUUGUAUCCUGAAAAGUUACAAAUACUCAUGCAACCAGCUGGAUUGUGUACUGCUGCAUCAAAUGUUGCAAAUGUAGCUUCUGCAACCAUGAAUCCUCUCAUGUUGAAUUCACUCUUCAUGAUGAAUAAUAACAACUCAGCGAUGGGAAUGACCACAAUGAUGAAUAACUCAACUCUCUAUGCUGGUGGUGGUGGUGGUGCUCUCGUCAACAACAAUAGCAGCACUAUACAACAAGAUAUUGAAAAAUUCUUUCAAGGUGAUCAUCCAAUGAUGAUGAAUCAACAACAAGAACAACAAGAUUUGAAUCUACUCGUAGCCUCUCUAGCAACAUCCAAUGUUGGUGAAAUUUCACUCUCUGAUAUUCGUGUGGUAUACUCUCAACCAUUUCCAGUGAGUACAAGUGGUGAAUUGAUUGGUCUCUGUACAGAUACUUCAACAAGAGAUCGAAUCAUUUAUUUGUAUAGCUCUUCUGCUGUGUGGAGAAUUACUAUUGAUGAUGAAGAGAAAGAUGUUUGGAAAUUGUAUUUGGAACAAGCAUUGGAUCCAAAAUCAUCAAAAGAAUCUUAUUUUGAUAUUGCAUACAAAUUAUGCAAACAAGAUCCAAAAACAAAAGAUAUUGUAUUAUCUGCUAAAGCUGAUUAUUAUUUCAAGACUGGUAGAUAUAAUGAAGCUGCUAACAUUUAUGCCAUGUCUUCAAAGAGUUUUGAACAAGUUUCCAUUGCAUUUCAUAAUCGAGGUCAAAAAGAUGCUCUUCGAAUUUAUGUUCUCUCUAAAUUACAAAUACUUAAAAAGAAUAUCAAGACAGAGAAUCAAGAUGCAACUCAAUUGUGUUGUCUAUGCACAUGGUUAACAGAAAUGUAUUUGGACAAGUUGAAUGAAUUGUAUGAUUUGGUGAAUUUGUCGAGUCCAUCUAAUAAUAGUACAGGUAGUAGUAGUAGUAGUGGUGGUGGUGGUGGUUUGAGUGGUGGUGGUGGUAUUAGUAGUACAGGUAUUAGUGGUGGUGGUGGUAUUAGUAGUUCACAUGAAACAUCCUCCUCUCUUCAACAACAACAACACCUUCAACAACUCUCCUAUGAAGAACAAUACAAGAUUGCUAAACAAGAAUUUAGAGACUUUUUAGAACAACAUAAAAAGUACCUCAAUAAGGAAACUACAUUUAGACUCAUUAGUAGUCAUGGACAAACAGAGGAGGUGAUCUUCUUUGCCAUGCUGAUUGAAGAUUAUGAAAGAGUUAUUAGUUAUUGUAUUACUGAAAAAGAUUACAAAGAAGCACUUGGAAUUUUGAACAAGUAUUGCACAACAAGACAAUACGAAGAUUAUUUUUACAAAUUUGCACCCAUACUCAUGCAACAUUUACCUAAAGAAACAGUCAAUAUGUUAACACAGAAGAGAUUUUUAGAUUCAGGAAAGUUAAUACCAGCAUUGAUGAGAUACAUUUCACAACAACAACAACCACCACAUGGUUCAAGUAGUGGUGGUGUUGGUGGUGGUGAUGGUGUUAGUGGUGGUGAUGGUGGUGUUGCUGCUGCUUCUGGUACUACUAAUACCAAUGCAGGUCAUACCAUCACUUCCACCCAUACGACUCCUCCUGCUACUAAUACCAAUGCAGGUCAUACGAAUGCCUUCUCCAAAAAAACAUCUUCUUCCUCUCAAUUGACCAACAACAAACCUAUUGAUGAUGAGGACAAUGAUGAAGAAUUUACAGACUCUCUUCUUGAUGAUGAACACGAAGAAGAAGAUCCUCACAUCUCUCUUAAACAACAACACUCAACAUUGAAUGAGAAUCAACACUUUUCAAAUUCUCUCACAUCCGAACAACAAAAUCAUGUCAUUCGUUAUUUGGAAUGGUGUAUUCGAAAACAAGAAAAUGAAGAUCCAGCCAUUCACAAUCUCCUUCUCACACUCUAUGCAGAUUUAGAAGAUGAUGAGAAAUUACUCACUUUCCUUGAUACUGAAGGUGAAAAUAAUUAUUAUGAUCCAAAAUAUGCACUUCGAGUGUGUUCUCAAAAAAAGAAAAUUGAAGCAUGUGUGAGAUUGUAUAGUUCUAUGCAAUUAUUUGAUGAUGCCGUAGAUUUAGCUCUUGAAAAUGAUCAUAUUGAAUUGGCAAGAGAAUGUGCUGAUAAACCUGAAGAUGAUGAAAAUAAGAAAAAGUUAUGGCUUAAAAUUGCUAAACAUGUCAUUAAUCACAACACUGGAGUGAAACAAGCCAUUGAAUUUCUCUCUUAUACAGACAAGAUCAAAUUAGAAGAUAUUUUACCUUACUUUCCUGAUUUCUCUCAUAUUGAUGAUUUUAAAGAAGAAAUUUGUAAAUCAUUGGAACAAUACAAGGAUGAAAUUGAAAAAUUGAAAAGUGAAAUGCAAGAAGCUACUCAAACAGCUUCAGAGAUUCGAGAAGAUAUUAAGGAAUUGAAACAUCGAUAUGGAUUCAUUACUGCCAAUGCAACCUGUGAUUUGUCAUUGAAAUCUGUCUUGACCACUGAUUUCUACUUGUUUCCAUGUCAACAUGUGUUUCGUGCCGAUGCAUUGGUGGAAGAGGUAUUGCGUCACACCAAAUCCAAGGAAUUACGUGAAAAGUUGAGACAAUUGGAAGAGAAACGAAAAUUAUACAAUCGACAAGUGGAAAUGUUGAACAGUACUACUACUAGUACCAGUGGCACUACGAACAAUGCAACACAUAAUGAUGAAGAUGACCAUUCAACAUCAUCAUCACAAACUUAUUCGAUGGAUCAGAAAGAACUCUCUCAACUUCAAGAUGAAUUACGUGAAUUGGAUGAAAUACUCUCUGCAGAGUGUCCACUGUGUGGUGAAAUAAUGAUCAAUUCCAUUGAUGAAAGUUUCAUAUCACAAGAAGAAAUGGAAACAUCCAUUUAUAAUUCAUGGUCCAUUGCUUAA